UGUACACGUGGUUCUGAUAAGUGCGUAAUUUUUUACAAUAAAAAAAAACCAUCCUUACAUGAUGAAUUUACCGCCAUAUCAGGAUAAUUAUUAUACUUCCGAUCUGGAAAUUAUGGCUUGGGUACUACACGAUACGAUGAUUGAGAUAACUGCAUAUGUAGAUGAGGUUUUCCCGGUACGUGAACUUGCUGCUUUUAACGAACGUCCGGCUUUUCUUAAAUUUUGUAUCAAUAACAGCAGUCAAUGUCGCGUAGUAGUAACGUGUAUCGGAGAUCGCACAAGAAUUAUCGCGUUGCAACUUCGUGAAAACGUGGUUAUUCGAAUCGAGCGUGGUAAGACAAUCGCGCCAAAGUUUCAAUUCGCGCCCCCUAACAGUGGCCUACAUAACAUGGAGCUAAUUUUAACCCCUUCGUCAACUAUAAAUGUAUUGGGAAUGCGCAUUGAAAAUAUUUCACGACUUCCGCUACUUUCAAUUAGGGAUGCAGCACUUGAAAAUGGUUUAAUUCGUGUCGAAGGGUGGUUAAAGGUGCCUUUUCAAAUGAACAAUCCUGCACACAAUAGAUCGGCGAGUGGUGUUAUAGUCGACGAAAACUACAGAAUGCGCAUUCUGAUUGGGAAUUUUCUACCCAACCCUCUAUUUUUGCCAGGUGUUGCUCUUGUAGUUACUUGCAGAUUUAGACGUGAUUUACAAGGGCCCUCAUUCUUUGAUGUUGAAGGCAUGAAUGAAAUUCUGCUUAAUGCAGGACGUCCAACGUUAACGAUGGACCAACUCCGUCAUAUGGGUUUUAUUACUCCGCCAUAA